AUGAGUGUAAGUUAUUCGAUCUCACAAGCUCUUUACCACAAUCCCCACGAAGUUGCGCACUGCUUUGGACAUUGACGUUCGAAUCUUCUUGUUGUUUUCCCGAGACUCGGGGAAGGAAGUUCAGCCAACGUAUGGCAUCAUCGAUAUUCACUCUUUGAUUCUUGCAAAACGUUCAAGAAGACUCGUGGGACAAGGAACUUGGACUUUGCUUACAACUCCAUUCACCCUUAAAGAUCGACUCUUUUACCGAGCAAACUAAUUAACAAAUCGCAGUACUUGACCCUCAAAUCCCACAUCCCACCGACCCAACAAGAACACCAAUCCUCUCUCUCCCCCCCGAACUCCUCCACAUGAUACUCUGGUACCUAGUCCACUCCGAACGCUGGAUCGCAACCUUCAGCCUCUACCGCUGCCGUUCCAAAAUCAACCAAGAAGACCAACCCCCCCUUCUUCAACUAACCCAAACCCUCAUCGCCAUCCGUCUAACCAACAAACUCUUCUACGAGACAGCAAGUUACAUCUACUACACCACGAACCACUUCGUCAUCGGCAACGGCCCCUGGGGCAGCACCACAAACCCCAAUCUCCACGGGCUUCGACAAUUCAUACGAACAAUCCCCUCCUCACACCGCGCGCUGAUCCGAACAAUCCGUCUAGGUCUGUACAUGCACCGCGAUCCCAACUCUCUCCACGGCUACAACGACACAAGCAACCCCUUCAACCCGGCCUUCUCCUUCGACACCUCCGGCACCAUUUCGCUCGCCGGCCUGAUCCUCACGCACUUAACUGGUGUCCAAAACAUUCGGUUGUACAUAGCGGAGCCGUUCCGAAAUGUUACGAGGGAUGAGCGGUGGAAGUGGUUUGUUAAGCAGGAUGGGUGGUUCAACUUUGUUCUUUUGUUGAUUCGGUGUCCCUCGGUUAGGAAGUUCAUUGUGCUGGAGAAGAAUUUGCACUUGCAGAGGAGUUUGUGGGGAGCUAUUGGGGUUGCGCUGCAUAGUUUUUCGUGGACGGGUGUUAAGGCGCCGAUUGAGAGGGUUUAUCUUGAGGUUGUUGGGUACUAG